AUGGCAUACAGACUAUUCAUUUUUAAUUGGGAUGGUAAUAAUUCACAAGACUAUAUUAAUACUGAGUUGCAAAUAUCUACAAACGUAGUUAUGGAUAAUGAUUCUUUUAUCAUUAAUGAAAAUAAUGAAAAUCUUGAUCCUAAACUUUACCAAGAUUGUAAGUCUAAAAUAGUUGCAUUGGAACAUUUAGUAAAUCAUUUGAACGAUGAACUAUCAGCAAACAAUUUAAAACAUGUAAAGAAUGUGGUUGACAAUAUGAAGUGUAUAUUUACUAUCAUUGAGGAUAUAGAAACAUCACAACGAAAAAGACA